AGAAGACAGUGCGUAGGGGUACGGGUAGAUCUAGAUUUCUUCCUUCAAACUAGUCUAGUGAGAUGGCAGAAGCUUGUGAAAGCAGAGAAUAUCUUACAAUUUCGGUUUUGAAGAGAGAAUUUGAAGUAACUGAUUCUCAGUUAGACACAAAGGUAAAAGAAAUUGAAAUACCUCAGUUAGCGGCAUGUUUCGACAACACCGAUGACUAUCUUGAAAAGCUGGAGCUAUCACCUGGACAGCAAACUGACGUGACCGAAGAGAAAGCUAAAACACGUUUAAAUCGAACUCAAGCUGGAAUGAAACUUGCCCUAAAAUACUGGCUAUACAAGAACCAACUGCAAGCCACUUUCCGAGCUCUGCUACUCAUCAUACUCUCCCUGCUCAAAGGAGACGUUGCUGUUCAAGUGUGCAAGUACUUGUCUGACAAAUAUACGCUCUCAUCGUACAAAAAUGAUCAGCUGGAAUUUCCCUACACGUACAUGUAUUAUCUACGAAAUCACUACCAAACUCAAGCAUUUGGAUCAUCCACACAAUGGCCUCCCGUCCCGAUAACGAGAAUUUUCAAAUUGGCCAUGAUUCAGAAGGAGAAUGUACAGAGACGUAGAAUUGAUGAUGAAUUUGUUACGCAAACAAUAACUGGAAGAGUUGAUGAUAUAUUACAAAAGAAAGCCCCUGUUUGCAUAGAAGAUAUUUUCACUCAAUGUGAAAGAAGAAAACUUGUUUUGAUUGAAGGAGCUCCCGGCUCUGGAAAGAGUACCCUUGCUCUACACAUCUGUCAAGAGUGGGCAGAGGGAAAAUUAUUCCAAGAGUUCGAUAUUGCAGUCCUCUUAAGACUCAGAGACCCGCUAAUUAGAAAAGCUAAAUCAAUCGAUGACAUCCUCCCCUGUAAAAAGUCGGCAGUUGCACAUCAGGUAGGACCUAGUAUUGUAAACAGUGAUGGCAAAGGUGUACUGUGGGUGCUUGAUGGAUGGGACGAGCUUCCUUCUGACCUCCCUCGAGACUCAAUCCUUAACAAAAUUAUCCCCUUGGAUUCGUGUAGUGAGACAUUACUCAACCAAUCCGCUGUAAUCGUAACAUCUCGACCAUCAUCUUCAGCUGAGCUCCACCCACUAGUUUCAUCCAGGCUGGAAGUUUUGGGGUUCACUCCAUUUGAACUGGAGCAGUAUUUCACUGAGUGUCUACAAGGCGACACAGAGUCAGUACAAAUUUUACUGGGAAAAAUUCGAGAGAAUCCUGUUGUAGAAGGCAGCUGUUACCUCCCCCUCAAUGCUUCCAUUGUAGCCCAUGUUUUUCUCUCUGGAGACCACUCAAUCCUCACAUCUAACCAUGCAAUAUUCACUUCUGUGGUUAGAUUUAACUUAUCACUCUACAUGCAAAAUCGAUUAGGUGUAGCUCCAAAGAAAGCUAUGAUCAGGUCUUUAGAUACCAUUCCAAAAAGGAUUAGAAUUGUUUUCCGUCAACUUUGUAAAGUGGCUUAUUACGGAGUAAUAGAGAAUAAAGUCACAUUUACUGCUGAUGAUUUUAAACUUUGUGGCACCUCAGAUAAAGUUGCUGAAAUUGGUUUGCUUCAAGCCGUACCAAGCAUUCUUGUUGAUAAUCGAGAAUUUUAUUACAAUUUUGUUCAUCUUACGAUUCAAGAGCUACUGGCUGCAGUUCACAUAUCUCACAUGUCCUCAACUGAUCAAAUGGCUAUCUUUAAGAAAAUGUUUGGUCACCCUCGAUUCACAUCAGUGUUUAAGUUUUAUGCGAAGUUGACCAAGCUCAGGGCACAUCGGCCACUUAUGAGCUUGCUACCAAAAGUAAUUUUUCCAAGUUCACCUCGAGGAAUAUUGGAUCUAAUCACUGAAAUUUUGAUGGAAAGACGAAACUUGCAAAUUAUUUCUCUACUCCACUGCCUGUAUGAAGCUGAAGACACGUCGUUGUGUGUGUUCGUUGCUAGUCGUCUCGGUUUAAAACUAGAUCUUUCUCACACUCUGCUGAGUCCCCUAGAUUGUCUCUCUAUUGGGUAUUUUUUGUCACUGGUUUGUAUGAGCAAUAUGAAAGGAGGUUUUACAGUUAAUCUUACUGACUGUUGCAUGAGUGAUCAGGGAUGCAAAUUCUUGGUUCAUGGACUAAGAAAGUGUCUUUAUUCUCACUCUAGGAAAUCAUGUAAACUUGAUCUUCUUCUCUUGGCUAACAGCAUCGGUUGUGAUGGAGCACAGUUCCUAGCAGAAAUUCUCCGGAGUACUAAUGUGUUACGUAAGCUAGACUUGUCUGAAAAUGAGCUAGGCAACAAAGGAAUUUCAUUACUCUGUGAGGCUUUGACAGUAAACACAUCAGUUGAGGUGUUGUACCUGAAAAAAUGCUCGCUGACUAUUGAUGAAGAGUGUGGUUCAGCAAUCUGUCAACUACUAAGCAGAAAUGUUUCGCUCACAUUUCUUAAUCUCUCUUGGAAUCAUAUCACAAACUGUCAUCACAUAGCUGCUGGGCUCGCAAACAACAAAACAUUAACAACAUUACAUCUAUCUAAUUGUGAUCUGACCGAUCAAAGUGUGCAAGAUCUGUCUAAAGGCCUGAACAACUACAUUGAGGAACUGUACAUCCAUGGAUGCAACACAAUCAUAGAAGAACAUGGAAUGCACAUUCUCACAAAUUGUGUUGCAAAUCUUACUGCAUUAAAACACUUGUGGAUCCCCAGCACUUCCAUGAACCAUGUGUUUAUAGAGGUCAAUAAAGAGAGGAGAAAAUAUGGACUUUCAGAAAUCAAAGUGACUUUUCGGAGUCAGUGACAAGCAUGCAGGCAGCUCAAGGAACUUGAAUAAUUAUGUCCAUCAAAUAACUGAUAUUUACAUGGUAUAGUUGUCUUUCAACAGUACGAACAUUUUGUCUGUUCUGUUGGAUAUAAUUAUGUGCAUAUAAGAGUAUACAAUGUACAGUACAACUUAAUUAUUUUUACAUUGCAGUUUACUUUGCACUACUCUCGUGCGGAAAUCAAAAGUUUAUUUUA